GAGAAUUGGCACUUGGCCAGCCAUCACAAGUGAGUUGCUCUUCCCGGCAAACAGACAAACUAUGCUGGCAAAUAUACCUCUUAGGAUCUUUCUACUCGUCUGGAUUUCGGAAAGGGCCCUUGGGCAGACUGCCUGCUUCGACUGCUCCGCGACAAAUGAUCAAUACGCCUGUGUCAACGAAACUGCCUAUGGUUUUUGCUUCGGUCAAGGCACUGUGGACGAAAGCGCAGUGCAAAACUGCCGUGAUGGGUACUACUGCGUCCUGGCGGGAUUUUGUGCGUCUAUGGAUUCAGCGGAGCCAGCCUGUGCCACAGAUAUUUCUACGACCACAACGGAUAUAGUAACAGAUUCGACAACAGGUUCGAGUACCCAGGAAAUCUCAGAGUCCACAGAGACCACUACAAUGGAGACAACCACCACAUCUGAAAUAACAACGGAUUCGAGUACCCAGGAAACAGUAACCGAAAGCUCGACACAGCCAGUUACCACAGAUUCUACCACACCAGUAUUUUCUACGGAUUCCAGUACCCAGGAAACAGUAACCGAUAGUUCGACAUCGUCAGUUACCACAGAUUCUACCACCCCAGUAUUUUCUACGGAUUCCAGUACCCAGGAAACAGUAACCGAAACUUCGACAACACCAGUUACUACAGAUUCUACUACCCCAGAACUUACAACCGAUUCAAGUACCCAGGAAACAGUAACCGAAAGCUCGACAUCGUCAGUUACCACAGAUUCUACUACCCCAGUAAUUUCUACGGAUUCCAGUACCCAGGAAACAGUAACCGAAACUUCGACAACACCAGCUACUACAGAUACUACUACCCCAGAUCUUACAACGGAUUCGAGUACCCAGGAAACAGUAACCGAAAGCUCGACAUCGUCAGUUACCACAGAUUCUACUACCCCAGUAAUUUCUACGGAUUCCAGUACCCAGGAAACAGUAACCGAAACUUCGACAACGCCGGUUACUACGGAUUCUACUACCCCAGCACUUACAACGGAUUCGAGUACCCAGAAAACAGUAACCGAAACUUCAACAACGCCAGUUACUACAGAUUCUACUACCCCAGAACUUAUAACGGAUUCGAGUACCCAGGAAACAGUAACCGAAAGCUCGACAUCACCAGUUACCACAGAUUCUACUACCCCAGUAAUUUCUACGGAUUCCAGUACCCAGGAAACAGUAACCGAAACUUCGACAACGCCGGUUACUACGGAUUCUACUACCCCAGCACUUACAACGCUUUCCAGUACUCAAGAAACAACGGACUCUACAGUAACCGAGACUUCGACACCUCUUAACACCACAGUUUCUACCACUCCAAAAGUCACCACAGAAUCAAGUACAGAUUCCACAACACCUGCUAAUACAACCGAAACAAGCACUCUACCCACAACUUCUGAACUAUCUACUAGUACUCCAAGUACCACAACGGAAUCUUCGGAAGUAGAUCCCAACGUCUAUUGUGCAAAGAUCAGGAGCAAAGGAAACUCCCGAGUUGAGACAGAUACCACAUGUCAAAUGUAUGUGUACUGCUAUAAACUGAGCCAAGAUUACUUGGGUUGGCUAUAUUAUUGCAACACGAAUGAAUACUAUAACUCAGAUACAGAGGCCUGCCAAUCCACGCGACCAAGCAAUUGCUAGUUACCAAAAUGAAGACGAUUUUGUGAAAUUUCUCAAACUUUUUACAUAACUACCAAAAAGGUUAAAUAACUGAUCAGUUUUAGAACCUGACCUGCAUAUUCAAAUUUUCUGACCAUUAAAAAGACGAUUGCUGUAUCCGCACUCCAAGAAUCCAGGCCUUUCAGUUCAGGAGCUGGCAAU